AUUCAUCUUUUUUUGCACUGUGUACUACAAUACGCUAUUUGUGUGUCUGUCGCCAAACCCAAAGGGUUAACGAAACUGCCAGCAUCACUUUUUAGUUUAGACUUACAAAUCCAUUUCACAAUUCCUACAAUAUGCAUCAAUCAUCGUUGAAAUUUUAAAUAUGAAGAAGCUAUAUAAUCCUAUAUCUUUCAUUUUGAUGAAUAUUCCCAAGCUCAACACUAACCCAAACUAUAUCAUACAUGGCUGCCAAUUUCUAAACAAUCUCAGUAUCAGGUUAACAUCCACUGUCAGCAUUAGUUUGGAAAUGAAACGCUGCAAUUUCUUCAUUUCAAGUCUUUGUAAACAAGGCAAAAUUGAUGAAGCACGCAAGGUGUUUGAUGAAAUGUCUGAACGAGAUAUUUGUUUGUGGACUACAAUGAUAAGUGGGUAUAUCAAGUGUGGCAUGAUUAAGGAAGCUAGGAAGCUUUUUGAUAGAUCGGAUGCCGAAAAAAAUGUCAUUGUUUGGACUGCUAUGGUUAGUGGGUACGUCAAGUUGAAUCGAAUUGAGGAAGCGGAGAGGUUGUUUUAUGAGAUGCCGGUUAGGAAUGUUGUGUCUUGGAAUACCAUGAUUGAUGGGUAUGCGCGAAAUGGCCGAACUCAAGAGGCUUUGGAUUUGUUUAGGAGAAUGCCGGAGAGGAAUGUGGUUUCUUGGAAUACAAUUAUAACGGCCUUGGCGCAUUCUGGAAGGAUUGACGAUGCACAGGGAAUUUUCAGUAAGAUGCAGGAAAGGGAUGUGGUUUCGUGGACUACCAUGGUCGCGGGUUUGUCGAAAAAUGGGAGAAUUGAUGAUGCUCGGGAACUUUUUGACAGGAUGCCGGUUCGUAAUGUGGUUUCUUGGAAUGCAAUGAUCACGGGUUAUGCGCAGAAUGGAAGGUUGGAUGAGGCUUUAAAGUUGUUUGAGAGAAUGCCUGAGAGGGACAUGCCUUCGUGGAAUACUAUGAUCACGGGUUUCAUUCAGAAUGGGGACUUGAAUAGGGCAGAGAAAUUAUUUGAUGAAAUGCCACAAAAGAAUGUCAUUACUUGGACUUCUAUGAUGACAGGGUAUGUACAACAUGGUCUAAGUGAAGAAGCAUUGAAAAUAUUUAACAAAAUGCAAGCUAAUGAUGGGUUAAAACCAACCACUGGAACUUUUGUGACCGUUUUAGGUGCUUGUAGUGACUUGGCAGGUCUCAUCGAAGGACAACAAAUUCAUCAAAUGAUUAGUAAAACAGUUUUUCAGGAGAACAAUCACGUGGUAUCGGCGCUGAUAAAUAUGUACUCGAAAUGUGGGGAGUUGCAAGCUGCUAGGAAGAUGUUUGAUGAUGGGUUAUCCGGGCAAAUGGAUUUGAUAUCUUGGAAUGGUAUGAUUGCCGCCUAUGCACACCAUGGAUCCGGCACGGAAGCAAUUAGCCUAUAUAAUAAGAUGGUAGAAUUAGGUUUCCAAGCCAAUGAUGUCACCUUUGUUGGACUUCUCACAGCUUGUAGCCAUGCUGGUUUAGUCGAGGAGGGGCUUAAAUACUUUGACGAGCUUUUGGAAAACAGAUAUAUACAAGUAAGAGAAGAUCACUAUACGUGUCUGAUUGAUCUUUGCGGUCGUGCAGGAAGGCUAAAGGAAGCUUUCAAUGUCAUUGAAGGACUUGGGAAAGAUGCAUCAUUGACUAUUUGGGCUGCACUCCUAGCUGGAUGUAAUGUGCAUGGCAAUGCUGAUAUUGGAAAGCUCGUAGCCGAUAAAAUUUUGAAAAUUGAACCGCAAAAUGCAGCCACCUAUUCAUUGCUAUCAAAUAUGUAUGCCUCUGUAGGGAAAUGAAAAGAAGCUGCCAAUGUUAGGAUGAAAAUGAAGGACAAGGGGUUAAAGAAGCAGCCAGGUUGUAGUUGGAUUGAAGUCGGCAAUACCGUGCAAGUAUUUGUAGUCGGUGAUAAAUCACAUUCUCAAUCUGAGAUGCUAGGGUAUUUACUUCUUGAUCUACAUACAAAAAUGAAGAAGGCUGGGGACAUACCAGAAGAUGAUUU